AUGUCUGGCAAUAAAAACAGCAUUCAUGCCAUAGCCACUCAUGAGGGUUUUUCGGACUUCUUCUCGGUCGAGAGGAAGCCUAAGAGAUUUAAAAAGCAUCCCGAUGAGUGUAAUGUUGGAGCUCUAGAAAAGAGAGAUUCAUUAAGUUAUCGCGAGUGGUUAGAAAAGGAAUUCGAAGGAGGGAAUAUCAAAAAUUAUGAUUAUUCUAAAUUUUGUGAUUUCAUUGAACUUGGCAGAGGUAGCUACAGCAUUGUUUAUUCUGCUGAUUACCGUGGAAAAAAGAUUGCAUGCAAAAAAUCUGAGUUCAAACAGCACAAUGAAAAUAAUCAUGAAAACAUAGUUAAAUUCUUAGGAAGUACAGCAUGUAAGAUAUAUUAA